AUGGCUCACACAAGCCCAGCAGCCAUGCUCGUAUGGGCCGUCUUCUCCCUUCUCCUCGGUGUCUUCCUCCUCUUUCAUCUCUGGUCUUUCGACCGCUUCAAGUGCCUCAAGUGGAACACCGGGCCCUACUCUGGCGCCUUCAAACGCGUCAUGACCUAUUCAUACCUAUGCAGCGUCCCACUCAUCACCGUCUACUCCGUCGGCUUCGCCAUCAUCAAAUACCACUACGGCUUCACCUAUCUCCCCGUCCAAGGCGUCAUUCCCGUCCCAUAUGAGAUGUGGAGCCAUACGGCGCGUAGCGCGAUUCUCCCGCUCUAUCUAUGUUUCUCCGUAGGCUGGAGUCUGGAGAUGGUCACCCAUCUCGAAGAACUCUGCUUCUGGCUCUUCCUCGUCAACGCAGGCUCGGCCCAACAAGACUGGUUCCGCAGUGCCUAUUUCAGAACAUGGACAUUCGGCUCUUUCGUCGCCGUCAUCUACAUGCCCCUCGUGACGAUAUUUACCAGGCAGGAUCCGUACAAGUGCGAGGCCUAUACGUUUUUGGCUGGAAGCCUCGGAAGUCUGUCUCUCACCAUCUGGUUCCUCCCCAUCCUAUGGACCUUCCCAGUCUUCCUCCGAUCUCUCAGGAACGAGCACGUGGAUAUUAAUACCAUAGUGAGGCUUACCAAGUUUCACGAGCUCAAUUGCAUCCGCGUCGUGUUUCGGUUCUUGUUCACGGUGCCUUUUGUCAUUCUGGGUAUUGAUGGCGUGAGGCCGCAUCAGCAUAUUAAUGAUAAGAUGUUCCCUGUCGACUUGUUGGCGAUGAUCGCUGCUGUGGGGUGUACGGUGUCUUCAGGGAUCACUCUAGUCAUCUUCUUCCCCCGCUCCAUCGAAACCGAAAUAGCCGCCCGCGACGCCUCCCGAAUCAGACGCCCCGAUGCCUCCCACUCCACGCCCACCCUCCGGCGCACCGCGCUCGACUCGAGCCACGUCCACUCGCAGUAUUCGCAGUAUCCGUAUGCGUGCCAGUGUCAGGAGGAGGGGCAGGGGGGUGGGGGUGGGGAGGGGAAGAAGGCCGGGAACGGGGUGGGGGCUGUGAGUGGGGUGGGAGGCGGGGGACAGUUGAAGGGGAUCGACGAGGACGAUAAGUAUGAUGAGGGGGACGGGUUUGGGUAUGAUGGGCUGGGGUACGACGGGCCUCCGCUCCCCCUCUCCACCUACAAAUCACCGCGCCUCCCCCCAGGCGACACCCCCACCCCCAACUUCGGCGUCAACGGCGCCGGCAUGGGCUGGGCCAAAGAAAUCGACCCCGACGACAAAAUCCGCCCGCCCUCCGUGAUGAUGCAGCCCAACCGGCGCACGAAGAACGGCGACGUCGAGCUGGGCGGCCUGUCGAUGCUGACGGAGGGAAAUCUGACGAGACAUAAUGCGUCGACGAUGAACCGGCUCGUGCAUCAGUUUACGUCGCCGAUAAACUUUGGGGGGGGGGGAUGUUCAGACGUGCGGAGGGGUCCAUGCUUGAUUGGGGACUCUGCGCCGCGUGCCCGAUGA